AAAUAUAAGAAAACAGUGAGCGGCGCACGAAAACGGCAGAUUAUGGACAAAUACUUAAUAAAAAUGCCGAUUAAAUCAAAAACAAACGUAGUUGAGAAACCAGAAAAGGUAAUCGUUAAAAAGGAGACUCCUAAAAUGUCCAGAAAACCAGCAAAAAAGGAUACUCCAAAGGAGUUAAAGGACAAAGAGAAUACUGGAGAAGAUAAUACCCCAAAGCAAACAAAGGCAGGAAGAAAUGGCAGACAGGCUGCCAAGCGAAAGAAUUUGGAUACUCCUGAAGUGAAAGACGAUAAGAUUAAGGAGGAGAUUGAGAAUCCGCCGAAACGCCGAAGUUCCAGACUCACAAGAAGCACCCGUUCAAUGGCCGAAGAUGGAUCUCCUUCCCCUGAAAAGGAGAAACCCGAGAAGUUACCUUUUAUCAAAUACAAAGGGGCUAUUAAGUACUUCACGGAGAACCACGAUAUAGCCUCAUCUGCAGAAGAAGUAUUACAAUGGGUGGAGAAACAAAAGGACGAGAUAGUGCCGAUGGCCUUUGACAUGGAGUGGCCCUUCUCCUUCCAAACCGGUCCCGGAAAGUCCGCUGUCAUCCAGAUUUGUGUGGAUGUGAAAUGUUGUUAUAUCUACCAGCUAACAAAUCUAAAGAAACUGCCUGCAGUUUUGGUGGCCCUAAUUAAUCAUCCUAAAGUACGGUUGCAUGGCGUUAACAUAAAAAGCGAUUUCCGAAAGUUGGCUCGUGACUUUCCAGAGGUUUCCGCUGAACCUCUGAUUGAGAAAUGUGUGGAUUUGGGAGUGUGGUGUAAUGAGAUCUGCGAGACCGGCGGCAGGUGGAGUUUGGAGCGUUUGACCAAUUUUAUAGCGAAAAAGGCGAUGGACAAAAGCAAGAAGGUGCGCAUGAGCAAGUGGCAUGUUAUUCCGCUGGACGAGAAUCAACUGAUGUAUGCUGCCAUAGAUGUCUAUAUUGGUCAGGUUAUAUAUCUGGAAUUGGAGCGCCGUGACAAGGCCAAGACUAAAAACGAAGACGAAUUUAAGGAGCAAAAUGGGGAUGCGGCCUUUAAAGCUGUUAAAGCAUUGGGAGAGACCUUUUUGGCAAAGAUCAACGAGGUUACUCUCUAAGAUGUACACUUCUUCAAAUAUUGCAAUUUUAUAGUUAAGCAUGUCUGUUCAAUUAUUUGGGACCUUUUCUCACUAAAAUAUUUCUAAUUUCUAAAAUUGUAUAGUAAUUUGUUACCUUAAAAACAUUGAUAUAUUAAUUCAUUUCGACAUUUAAAUUACUUUUAUAUAUGCUUACCACAAAUUUAAAAAUUAUAUCUAGAUAUAAGAGAAUUUAAUGUUUUGACUUAGAUCACACAUUGAACAAAUUUUUACUAUACUACGAAUUUUACAACAUGUAUUCUUUGUCGAUCUUAGUUAUAGUUCAGUUCCCCGAAAAUUUGAUUAGGAUUAUACAAUUUUCUACAUUUCUUAACUUGCAAUAAAUUUUAAUUUUUUAAA